CUCACUGUUAGCUGUCUGUAUUAUUGGCCUCUGUCAACAUAGUCACUGUGCCAUAACAGUGGCUCAACUUUUACCCUUUGGUUCACUGGACGGAGUGAAACGAGAAUGAAGAUGAUGCUGAUUGUAGUUGCUGUUACCGUCUUCAACGUUUUGACUCAGGGUUACUGUCAGGGUAAUUUGUUGGAUAUUCAAGUGACUCUCACGGAGAAUACACGAGUCAUUGUCUGCGUGUGUUCCGACGCUGACACCUGCACUGCAGACAACUGGAAGGAUCUCCUUGCAGAGUGUCGAAAGGAGGCAGCGAACGUCGAGCAUGAGGUUAUGGAACAAACCAGUACCUCGACAAAAGAACCGACCACCUCGACACAAGAACCGACCACCUCGACACCAGAACCGAUCACCUCGACACCACAACCGACCACCUCGACACCACAACCGACCACCUCGACACCAGAACCGACCACCUCGACACAAGCAUCAUGUGUCACAGACUGCACUGGACUAAAAGAUGGCAAAUACCAAUCCUGUAAGGGUUGCACAGAGUACGCGGAAUGCAGUUAUGGACACUUGACGGAAAGACCCUGCCCCAGUGGGACGUUGUGGGAUGACAACAGAAAAUACUGCAACUUCCCCGUUCAUUCUACUUGUGACUAGACGUCUACACACACUUAUGAAAGCCAUGCUGGUCACCCUUUAUCCAAGAAGCACGCCUUUACUUGGCUACACCCAUGGGGAUCCCUGUGUUCAAAUAACUGCCCAGUGAUGUCAUACUGGACGCGUGAGAGUUUGACAUGUAUACUCACCGCCCAAAGAAACGCGAACAACAGAAACAUAUAGAGAAGUAUAUACGUUAAGGAGAGAUGUUUCCAAUGUGUACUAAUUAAUGACAAAACUAUCUAUCAGCCACGUGUUACCACGAUAUGUUUUUAAUCUUAUCACGAUAUGCUGGACGUGAUUUCCAAACUUUACACGAGACAAAUGGUGCAUCACGUGAAAUGAAUCUAUGACGUCACUUUCGAUGCGUUCAUGAGCGUCGGUUCAACAACAUACUAGCACGUACGUAUGUGCAUCGAACCAAUCAAAUAUCUCUUGAAUAUGAAAAAUCCUUCCUAUAUUAACCAUCAUGUAUGGUAUUUCCGUUUCAUUUGGUGGUGAGUAUAUAUUCAAUAUUAGUUGUUAAAAAAUUCCCGUGCUUUUUCAGGUGAAUAAUUGACUGGUCUUUGCAUGUGUUUGGGUAAGACGACCCUUUUGCAAACACCUGAUAUCGUCCCUAUUUGAUUGUGAU